AUGACGAUGGAGGAACUGCUGGGAAUCAUCGGUGUGAUGAUGAUGACGGGCUAUAGAACGACGCACAACAAGAAACAUCUGUGGUCUGCAAAGGACGAUGUGUCAUCUGUGUGGGCACAGGAGCUCAUGCCCAGGAACAGGUUUCUUGAACUUCUCCAGAAUCUGCACCUGGCGGACAACAGCAACAUCAGCAAGGACAGAUACUACAAGGUACGUCCGUACUUCCAGCACUUGAACGCCGGAUUCAAGACGGCAGCUCUCACCAGAAACCUGAGCGUUGACGAGACAAUGGUACCGUACUAUGGACGGCACAGCACCAAGCAGUUCAUAAGGGGCAAACCUGUAAGAUACGGGUACAAACUGUGGUGUCUGGCAGCCUCCACCGGAUAUCUCUAUCAUGCGGAACCGUACUGUGGGGCCGACACCCAACUGGCUGACACGGGCCUGGGGAAGGGAGCUGACGUGGUGCUGGGCCUGCUGAACAAGUGCGCCGUCCCACCAGGCCAUGCUAUAUUCUUCGACAACCUGUUCACAUCACUCGAGCUCUUGGACGUGCUGUCGGACAUGGGUCUUGGCGGGUGUGGAACCGUCCGCGAAAACAGGCUUGGUGGCGCUCCAUUUUCAGACAAGAAGGUGCUGGAGAAGAAGCAGCGUGGGACAAUGGAGUGGCUGUCUGACGGUGACAACCUGGUUGUGCGGUGGAACGACAAUCGCGUCGUGACGGUGGCGACGAACUGUGAGCCGCUGGAGCCGCUCGUUACCGCCAGCCGGUAUGUGAAGAAGCAAGGUGGCAGGAUCGCUGUACAGAUGCCCCGUCCUCUUCAUGCAUACAACACCCACAUGGGCGGUGUGGAUCUGUUUGAUCAGUGUGUUGCUCUCUACCGCAGCACCAUACGCAGCAAGAAGUGGUGGUGGCCGCUCUUCCAGUGGGGAGUUGACGCUGCCCGGACAAACACCUGGCUCCUGUCUCAACGGCAUGCCAAGGGACCGCAACUUCCCUUCCUGCGGGAGCUCACGUACGUCCUCAUCAAGAAGAACACGGUGCCGCGUCCUCCAGCAAGCUUCUCUGGCCGCCACCAAGCACCAGAAGACCUCCGCUACGACGGUCUACAUCACUGGCCAGCAGAGCUCAAAACCAGGUUCCACCGUUGCAAGGUGUGCAACAGCCGAACCAACAUGUCCUGCGAGAAGUGCGCCGUUCCACUACACCCAAAGUGCAUGAAGGUGUACCACACUCCAUGA